UUCCAGAGCUGUUUUUGAGAGAGAGAGAUAGAGAGAGAGAGAGAUGGAGGAGUGAUUGGAUAGAUGCGAACGGAUAAUGGCAGAGGUGAUGGAGACCGGAGAUGGAAAUGUGGCUGCUUUGGGGGAAAAAGCUGGAGAGGAGACGAUGUUCAGUUCGGAUGAGAGGAGAAAGGCUUUUUUCUCUCUGUUACGCGAUUGCGAGGUCUAUUGCUCGCCGGGAAAAUCUGUUUCGCCGGCGUCUUCUUCAGAGAGCGAGGAGUCUACCUUAGCGGCGGAGAGCGUUUCGGAUCUGAAGGAGAUUGUUUUCGAAACGGACGAUACAGCGCAUUCCAACGGCAAUUUCAGCAGGGAGAUAAGGCCGUCCGCCGGAAUUCUCUGCUGGUCAGAAAUGGAACGCUCGAAGGAGGAGGAGAUAUUGACGGUGGAGAAACCACCUUCAUCAUCAUCAUCAUCAUCGUCACCAUCAUCAUUGGAAGAUGGAGGCAGAGUUCGUACGCCAUCUGCUGCAGAGAUCGAAGAGUUCUUCUCGGCCUCUGAAAAGUACCAGCAAAAAUUGUUCAGGGAAAAGUACAAUUACGAUGUGGAGAAGGACCUACCCUUGGAAGGGCGGUACGAGUGGGUUCCAUUGAAGGCGACGGCGGCGGCGCCGCGAUGUUCGGCGAUAGCGGCUGUCAAAAGGCGUGAAGACGAGCGCGCAUGAUUCGUGACGGAGGAAUUCGAUCUAAGCUUUUUUGUAGCUUCAUUCAAUUAAUUUCUGCGUCCAGUAUUUCUGAACUCCUCGUAUCUUAAAUUUGCUAUUGAGGAGUACUUUUCUGGUCUUGAUUAAUCGGUUGAUUACUUAAAUUG